AACUCGCAAAACCCCUGACUUAUUAUCUUCCAUUUUUAAUCACACUUUCCUCCCUCUUUCCUAUAUUCUCAUUAAUACAAACCCCAAAAGUCCAAUCCCUUAAAUUUCCAUCCAUUAAUCAUCAAAUUCAGAUAAACCCUUAAUUUGUGAUCUUUCUAAGAAAUCCAUAAACCAAACUCAAAUCUGUAUCAUCUUGGCACUCCCAAUAUCAAGUACUAUUGAAAUUCAACCCUAAAUUUUAUUUUUGAGAAUUGUUUGAAGGAGAAGGAAAAAGAAGAUGGGGCUUGGGAAGAACAAUAUUGAAGCAGGAUCAAGUUCUCACUCAAUUCCAAUAGCAAGAGAAGAUACCCCACUUCUUGGAAGAUCCAAACAAUCUUCUCAAUUUAAAACUUUGGCCAAUAUAUUCAUUGCAAUAGUAGGAUCUGGUGUUUUAGGUCUUCCUUAUACUUUCAUGAAAUCAGGUUGGCUAUUUGGUGUUUGUACCCUUUUCUCUAUUGCUCUUCUCACAUACUAUUGCAUGAUGUUAUUGGUUCUUACUAGAAGAAAACUUGAAUCUCUUACUGGGUUCUCAAAGAUUAAUUCUUUUGGUGAUUUGGGUUAUGCUGUUUGUGGCCCAAUUGGUAGAUUUUCUGUUGAUACCAUGAUAAUCUUAUCACAAGCUGGAUUUUGUGUUAGUUACAUGAUAUUUAUUGCAAAUACCUUUGCCCACUUGUUCAAUAGUAGUGCUUCACAAGCUCAGACUUUUCUUGGUCUUACACCUAAUAAAUGGUAUAUUUGGGGUUGUUUCCCUUUACAAUUAGGCAUAAAUGCAAUUCCAACAUUGACCCAUUUAGCCCCAUUGAGUAUUUUUGCUGAUAUUGUUCAACUUGGGGCUAUGGGUGUUGUGUUAGGUAAAGAUGCAGUUAUGAUUGCUCAGAAUAAGCCUAAUGUUCAAGCUUUUGGUGGCUGGAAUGUUUUCUUUUAUUGUGUUGGUGUUUGUACUUAUGCCUUUGAAGGAAUUGGAAUGGUUUUACCUUUAGAAAGUGAGACAAGAAACAAGAAGAGUUAUGGAAUGAUAUUGGGUUUAGCAAUGGGGAUGAUUUCUAUGUUGUAUGCUCUAUUUGGAGCAAUGGGUUACUUAGCUUUCGGAGUCGAAACUAGGGAUAUAAUCACAACCAACAUAGGAACAGGAAUCUUGAGCACUUUGGUACAAUUAGGGCUUUGUAUUAACCUGUUCUUCUCAUUCCCAUUGAUGAUGAACCCUGUUUAUGAGGUCUUAGAAAGAAGAUUGACUCAAGGAAGUUAUAGCUUGUGGGUUAGAUGGAUGGUGGUUUUAUUGGUGUCUUUAGUUGCCUUAUUGGUUCCUAAUUUUGCUGAUUUCUUAUCACUUGUUGGAAGCAGUGUGUGCAUUGCUUUGGGAUUUGUUUUCCCUGCUCUCUUCCAUUUCCUCGUUUUCAAGGACGAGUCGAGUUUGGGAAAACUCGUUUUGGACGGAGCGAUUGUUCUUAUAGGCAUUGUUCUUGGUGUCUCUGGUACAUGGACAUCUUUAAUGGAGAUUUUUGGUACUAAAGCUUGAUCCUGCAAGAGUUGCUUGUAUGUUCCUCAUCAUCAAUUAUUUAUUUUUCUUGCAAGUUUGUAUCAUAUGCAUCAUGUAUAAUCUCAGUCUUUGUAUAUGAUUAUGUGAUUUUGUUUGAUCAUUUUUUGUAUGAUCUAACAAAACAAUAUACUACUAUUGUGUUUUGCAAAUGUUUAAUAUUGAUAAUGAAUAAUUAAUGAGUCCAUCUGUCUCUUA